ACGAUGGAUUUCCAGCAGCUGGCGGACGUUGCGGAGAAAUGGUGCUCCAACACGCCCUUCGAGCUCAUCGCCACCGAGGAGACUGAGCGCAGGAUGGAUUUCUACGCCGACCCCGGUGUCUCCUUCUACGUGCUGUGUCCGGACAACGGCUGCGGCGACAAUUUUCACGUGUGGAGUGAGAGCGAGGACUGCCUGCCUUUCUUGCAGCUCGCUCAGGAUUACAUCUCCUCCUGCGGAAAGAAGACACUCCACGAAGUCCUGGAAAAAGUCUUCAAGUCUUUCAGACCUUUGCUGGGGCUUCCGGAUGCAGAUGAUGAUGCAUUUGAAGAAUACAGUGCAGACGUGGAAGAGGAGGAGCCAGAGGCAGACCACCCCCAGAUGGGGGUCAGUCAGCAGUAAACCUCCAAGGGCUCUCACUGGAGAAGGAGAGUGAGCCCUGUGGCACCUAGGUGGGGUUGUGUGCUCCUGGGUUAGCAUUUUGCAUUAGCACUCUGAAACAGGACGUCUGGCUCCCGGCAUCCAAAUUAAAAUGAAAUACCUUUUUAACGACCACUAAAUAUCUGUGAUGAGCUGUGCUCAGAAGUGACCUGAAUUUCACUCCUGCUUCAUUGGGGUUUCUAUGGAGUUGUCUUGGUAGCCUUUGCCAUUUUGAAUUUAGAGUCCAUUUUGUGGCUGACUAUUCUCUCUUGAGUUUAUGUUGGAGAAUUAACAUUCGCUGACUCGAAUGUAGAAAACUUUGAAUGUAUUAAGGAUAUGCUUUGAGUCCUCACAGGUGACCUUACUGAGGGAAAGCGUGGCAGAGAAGACAUGCAGUCUGCACUUUUUAUGUACUUUUUAAGUGUCUGUAAGUGAAAGGUUUUGCUUAUAAAGCAUGAGUUUUAAUAUCUAGUCAUUAAACUGUACAAGUGCAAAUACAAGGGCAGAAAAGGAUAAUCACUUAGCUUUGGAGUAAGAGGGUAAGAGAAGUGGAGAAGCCUUUAAGUGUUUUGCUAUUAAGAAGUACCUGGGUAUGUAGCAACUGGUUCAUGGUUAGGUAUAAAUGUUACUUGCUUGUUCAAUUGUUUCAAAAUGUGCUAAUUCCAAAGCCACUUUUAAAGUCUAAACAUGGAAAUAUAAAUAGGGUGAAAGACAUAAAUUACUGAUUUCUUUAAAAUGUUUAUAAACCAUCUUAUAUAUGAAAUGAAACAUUUACCUUCUCUCUUUAUAAUGAGAUGGCAACUUGUCAAAUCAUGAAAACAUCCAGAAUCCAAGUGCCACUUAAACUUUGAAGCCAUACAUAAAUUUAAAAGGAAAAUAAACCAGGAUAAAAAGUUUUAAAAAAUAUGAUGGAAUCCUUCUAUGCUUUCUUAAUCUUUUAUUUAAAAAAAAACUCAAGAAAAGGAUUCCAUUGUGUAAUUUAUUAAAAAAUUAUAAUCAAGUACUUUAAGGGACCCAAUUCCAGUAAAUUUUUAAAGGGAUGUGAAAGGUAUCUUUUAAUCAUGGGUUAGCGUGGUUAAAAGAGAGGACAUCUUACUGAUCAAGAUACUCAGACAACUCACAGGAACAACUUGCAUAAUCAGAAAUACAACUGUCUGUCAUCAUUUAGCCAAAAAAUACAUACUGGGGAAAUCCUUGGUAAUGCUAUCUUGGAAUUAUCUGAAACAUUCAUUUCUUGGAACCUUCUAUGCCUCUGGUUCUAAAAACUUAGGAUAUGGAAUGCCUCCUUUAUAACAGUUGACUAAACCUCUCAGCUGGGGUGGGAAUGCUUUAAAUACACACACACAUGCCGGUUAGGUUGUCAAAGUUCUGAUUCUGAAUUUUAAAAACAGCAGCAGCAGCAGCAGCAGAGGCCACAGAACUUAGGGGCGCCUUGUAUAUCUUCUGGGCAUGUUGGUCUAAACCUGAUUGUCCCAACAUUUUCUGUGUCAUUGAUCAGUGGUGUGCGAAGUUUGGCUGCUCGUGGUAAAACAGUAUACUGCAGUUCUAGGUCAUCAGGUAAAAUGAUACCACAGCGGUUUCCAUCUGUGCUUCGGUACCCGUAUGUUUUCUUUUCUCAGAAAAACAUCUUAAAGGUUAAUUUCAAAUAAAAUGACUUUCCUUCUGGGUAGCCUAUUAGCAAAACAAAACUUGGUGUUUAGAUGGAGUGAGCGUAUUCCACUCUUUGUGGCCCUGCCCGUUUUCUAACCAGCUCUGUUUAUGAACAAAGGUGCUUGUGGGCUGUAGGUUACGUAGGUAUCACCCAGGUUUGGGAACUUCCGUUUUAACACAGUAGCCUUCGAGAGUGACUUCUGCAAAUGAAAUGAAGAUGCUUGGCUAGCUCGCUCCAUUCUGAAGGUAAACUGGAAUUUUAUACAGUUUUAUAGGCGUAAAACCUUAAUUUACAUAUGUUUGGAAAUCAAAUGGAUAUUGUCAAUAACAUAAAGUGUAUUUUAUUGAAAAAGUGUUUAGACUUUGACCAAAUACAUGUCGGUAUUAUCAUGUUAAUGUUCUCUGUUUUUAAAAAUUGAACUGAGAUAGACUCAGUCAUUCAGUGGGCUGAUGAGAAUUCUGGUCUUUGUUCUGCCCUAGGGGUAAGGUAUAGAGAAGGUUACUUAUUUUCCAUGGCAGAACCCCAGAAGGCUUUAACAAAUUGGAUUGUUUGCCCUAAAAACUUCCUUUUCCCUGCUUGCCUGCGUAUGUCCCCAGUGCUGGCACCCAAGUGCACACUCACACGCACUCCUGCACUGUGGACCCUCUCGCCAGGGCUGCGUCCUGUGACAGCUGCACCUGGAGGGUGGGGAGGCCAGGCAGCCUGUGGUUUCUGCUGUGGAGAUGGUCCCGUGGUGAACAUGUUCCUGACCUUUCCCAUGUACAAACACUCACCACGAGGCCGCAGCAGUGUGGUGAGAGGACCAUACCUGGGACAUAGGAGCGACUCGUGGGUUCUAGUAUGGACUCUGAGUGAUUUGGAUAAGUCACUUAACCAGUUUGUGAACAAAGGGUGUUUGCUCUUCGGGCUGUAAACACUGCCCUCCAUUCCUGCCCUGUGACGUGUGUGAGUCAGGGAAACUCUUGGGGACACAAGAAGGAAAUAUAUCUGGAAUCUUGCCACGAUGCUGCCCUUAGAAUAACUGGCCCUUGAACUACCUUAGGACUAUUGGGCUGUGAGUGUCCAAAGCCCCAGGCCCCAUUCCUGCAGGGCUGAUGAAAGUCUGUUCCUUAGAGGAGAGGGUAAAGAGAGGCCCAGGAGCCGGCUUUGUCUCAACUGUACCUGCUCUGCCUGUGAGAGGCGUAGCUUUUCCUUGUCCCCUGGCAGACUGGGGCUUUGGAACUGGUCUGUGUUUAACCUGCUGAGAGGAGAUUUGCACGAAGAAUAGCUGGAAGAGAGGGAAAGAUGAGUGCUAUUACUGUUUUGCCUGCCAUCCAGUAGGGAGAAAGUGACAAUGACAGUAAAGUAAGAGAGAGACUGCGUGGGGGAAUGCUUGAUUACCCCCUGGUCACUGUGGGCCAGGUGUGAAACUGGAGCUCAUGCCUGUGAGAACAGUACAAAAAACCUCCAUCCCGGGUUUGAGUGAAUCAUGGAGACAUUUUUUUGUAUGGUUACCUGGGCACUUUGCUUUGCCUGAUGAUAUCGAGCAGGCUUCAGGGAAUCAGAGUGAACUGCAGAGCCAGGAAAGGAGGUGAGACUCCACACAGCGCCUGUUGCCACUGUCCCCACCGUGGAUCAGUUGCACUGUGUCCCUCACGUCUCCCAGCCCCAUCACAGCACACGGUACAUUUUGUUUUUCCACGGCCAGAACACAAAAAGUUUCUUACAUAAGGAUUCUCCGUGUGUCCUGGUGCCAGAAUUAGGCUUCCCUUGUACUUAAAUGAAAACCUCUCUUCUAGGAGUUGCUGUCAUUUUUCAUGUAUAAACAGAAACCAUUCUCUAGCACAAUAUGUCUCGGAAUAUUGUUUCUCUUUCAUAAGAGCACAAAGUAUAUGGACCUAGAGGAGCUGUAAUCCCAGGCGUCAUCAGAAUUUAUGUUUUAGGAAUAUGCCUUGCAUGUUAAAAUUCACAAGUUGGGAAGCUGUGAUAGGAACGAAUCUGAUUUCCCGCAGAGAGAGGCACAAAGGAAUAGGCAGGACUUAAUUUGGGGUGCAGAGAAAUGAAUAAGGCAGAAAGAGAGAGUCAGGGUCUGACAGUUGGCACAUGAGAGCCAGGAAGCUGUUUUUAUGGCUCUCUUCACUAGGGGCCUUCUGUCCUCCAAGGGACUGACCAUAUUGAGAGGCAGAGCCUUGUGUUGGCAAUGGCUUUGCGACUUUAAAAAUGCUCCGCAGCUGAGGAGACAGCAAGGGUCCUCCUCAUCUGGGGGAGUUCUUUCCCUCCAUAAAACUAGCUGCCAGCCAGAGAAGCCUGGCUUUCUCAAGUGCAGACAGAUCUGAGAGCGGCCCCAGUCACCUGGCAGGUACACUGUGGAGCCACACUCAGGUCUUAGAGGUGGCUGGGAGGAGGGUAUGGCUAGGAAUUUGCCCUCAGGAGAGAGGGCAGGGCUCUCCUACCUACCCCACCCCCCACACACCCCACGCAGUUCUUCAAGUGUGUAGAAAGAGCACAAAUAAAAUUCAAGUGAGUCUCAGGCCCCUCCUGCAGUGAGCAUUAACUCCAAAGAGAUCCCAUUGCCAACUGCUUAGUCUUCAGAGAAGCCUAAACAUUUUUUGGAAUUACAAACUAAAAUCCUCUUUCAUAAAGACCCAGUCGGUUAUCCUGGUUAUGUGGGAACAGAUAUGACACAGAAAGCUGAAGCCUUUUAGAUUUUAUAGAGUAAUUCUAAAACUUGCCCGAACGCCAGUAGCCUGUGGUGUCCAUGGUAAUGUGGUGUCCAUGGUGAAAUAUCUAUAGCUCCCGCUCACCGGGAAAAUUGUUAAACAAUACAUCGUCUUUUAUAUUUUUAUUUAGAUUUGGAUUACAAAAAUACAGUACCUAUGAGCAUUUCAUGUUAGAAACCCCAUUUAAAGCCCUCUUAAGGUUGAAUAGGCACAGGCAGUCGAGAGUGUGUGCCAGGCCACAUAAAAA